CCGGCCCGGCCCGGGACAGGCGGAGCCCGGACCCGCUCCUCCCCGGCCGGCCCGCCCCUCCCCGACGCGGCGCAGAGGAGGGCGGGGCGGGGCCAGCGGGUCAGUCUCUGCCUCCGGCACCGGCCGCGCAGCAGAAGGCGGCCGAGCGGAAGCCCCAGCCAUGGCUGCGAUCCGAAAGAAGCUGGUGAUUGUGGGCGAUGGGGCCUGCGGGAAGACCUGCCUCCUCAUCGUCUUCAGCAAGGACCAGUUCCCAGAGGUCUACGUCCCCACCGUCUUCGAGAACUACAUCGCAGACAUCGAGGUGGACGGCAAGCAGGUGGAGCUGGCCCUCUGGGACACAGCUGGGCAGGAAGACUAUGAUCGCCUCCGGCCGCUCUCCUACCCAGACACUGAUGUCAUCCUCAUGUGCUUCUCCAUCGACAGCCCGGACAGCCUGGAAAACAUUCCUGAGAAGUGGACUCCGGAGGUGAAGCAUUUCUGCCCCAACGUGCCCAUCAUCCUCGUGGGCAACAAGAAGGACCUACGGCAAGACGAGCACACCCGGAGGGAGCUGGCCAAGAUGAAGCAGGAGCCUGUGCGAUCUGAGGAAGGCCGGGACAUGGCGAACAGGAUCAGUGCCUUUGGCUACCUCGAGUGCUCAGCCAAGACCAAGGAGGGGGUGCGGGAGGUGUUCGAGAUGGCCACUCGGGCUGGCCUCCAGGUCCGCAAGAAUAAGCGCCGGAGGGGCUGCCCCAUUCUCUGAGACCCCCCCCCUCCCCCCCACACACAGGCCUCUCCUCCAUCCCCACCUCGAGUCCCUUCACAGGGGCGCAGGAACACCCCCAAGCCCCAUCCUCUUAGGGCUCCGUGCUGAAGGCUCCCUUUUCCAGUUCCCUCCAGCCCAGGACUGCAUCGGGUCUCCCAAGGCCCCAGCCCCAGUGGUGGUGGCAGUGGCAGUGGCAGUGGCAGUGGCGGCCCCCGCCUCCCUCCAGGCACUCUGGGAGCCAAGGGCUGUGCCCCGCCCUCCUGGAGCAGAGUUCGGCUGCCCGGGUGUAGGGUGGGGCCCUGGGUCCCUUUGGCCUUCCCCGGGGGAUCAUCACACCAGCACUUUAUACACUCCUGGCUCACAUGUCUGGGGAAGGGGGUUUGGAGGAUGUAACCCAGAGUCCUGGGCCCUGGUAUUUCUGCUUUGGGCAGGGGCCCUUUUCUGGCUAUACCUGCUGGGGGGCAUGAAUAAAAGGGCCACAGGCUUCAACAUGUA